AUACUAUUAAACUACUUAUUAAAAAACAAACUAUUAAAAACUACAUCUGCGCAUAUUUGCAAAAUUAUAAACGGUGUCUGUGAUGAUGCGCGCGCAGCAUUUUGAUAGUUGAAUGUUGAUUGGUUAAUUCUGAUACGGUCAUAUUCCGUAUACGCCUAUUUAUUAUUAUAAGUGCAAAGGAUAAACAGAUGUAAGCCCCAAAGUGCAUCCGUCAUUUACUAGAAUGACAUUGUUAUCUUAAGCUGGAAAGUUUAUCGCCUGUCAGUCAAUGUCUUUCUCUUAUAUUCGACAAUCCUAAACGCGUAUGCCGUCAGCAAUUUAUGGGCCACCCCAUUCCAAACCCCUCCCACUUUUUGAACAAGUAGCUGUCGUCUUGUGCUGUAAGCCUUAGUCCGCGUACAUCACUAUUAGAAAAUACGUGCUGUCAUUAUUAAUACAUAGUUGUGUUCUUUUUUUCGUAAAUUGUUGUACGCUCAAGGUGUACUUUACGCUAUCGUUGAUUUUUAGCGUAUUAUGAAAGUUAUCCAACGACAUGGAAUUAAUAUCACCGUCUUCGCAUUCGGUGUUCCAUGCAGUUUACGUGCCGAUCGAAGACGAUGCAGCCGAAACAAAAGAGACGCACUUUCAUGUUUAUUGCGACAAGGUCGAGGCUUUAAAUAUUAUCAAAAAAUACACCAAAGGUCGUUUAAAGACUUUUAGGACGCUAGAAGAGGCACAAGAAUUCGCUCGCAAUGGUCUUGAAUCUAUACUACCUAAUCCGCUUGCUAACUCUUUACCCACCAUAGUAGUUACAGAGGAAAAGAGUAGUAAUUUCAAAUCAUUGAAGCCGCAAAAUUUGACACAGUUUAGAAAGGUUAUCGAGUAUGGAGAUAUCGAAUCUGUUAAAACUACCAUUUGGGAAAAUCCACGAUAUUUGGUUGGCAAUGGUGAUACACCGACUAUAUUACACGAAGGUUGUCGCUACAAUGCUUUACAUGUCGCUGUUAAAAGUACGCAAAGUUCAGCCAUGUGUGAGCUAAUACUGAAUACUGUAGGUGAUCCAGAAUUUGUAAAACUGUUGUAUGGUGAUAUAGAUAUGACUCGGACUUAUGUAGAUAGAGCUAGUAUUCUGCAAGACUUAUAUUUGAAUACACCCGAUAAAGGAUUAAAUGAAACACCAUUGCACUUUGCAGCAAAAUAUGGAUUGAAGGAUUGCGUUCGAUCAUUAUUAACAUAUUCACAAUGCUUGAGGACUCCACUUAAUAAGCAUGAACAAACACCCGCGGAUAUAGUGUGUACUAGGAAAUCAAUGAACGAUCAGUUGCUAAUUAAUGAAAUUCGACUGUUAUUAGAAGAACAGUAUUAUGUGCCUGUUUUGCGUGCUGAAGAUAAUAGUUUACAACCUAUCAUUGGUGAACCAUUUUCUCCAUCUAGUCCUCUAAAAUUAAAUGUUGAUCCUAUUAGUCCUCGAAUUGAGGUGCGAGCUUUUGCUGGACCAAUGACUAAAGCACAAGCUUUAGAAUUCAGAAAAAAAUGGAAAACUCCUCCUCGAAUACUUGGCACACCAAAUACAAAAGGCAAUGGAUCCAAUGACUGUAAUGGGCUUAGAAGUCCUAGUUUAAAUUUAUCUUUACGUUUAAAGGACACUGAUAAAGGCCUUGAAAGAGUUGGUAGAGAACUAGCCUCAGAAUAUCAAAUUGCUUGGAAGGAGUAUUGGCCAUUUUUAAAAGACUUCACUGAUUUACAAUGCAAUGAAGGUUUAGAAAAAUUAGAGAAAUUUUUAAAAAAUAUGUCUCAACAAAGGACAAAAAUAACGCUCUUAGACAUAGUAAAAACUUGUAUGAACCAUUUUGAAACGCCAAAAUUAAAAAAUGAAAUCAAUGUAGAUGAGAUUAAUAAUAUGUUCAUACAUUUAACAUUACAAUCUCAAACAGAUUCAGAUCAAGAAAUCGAAGAUAAUUCUGAAUACAUUACACCUCCUACUUCUCCUUUAUGUAUAAACAACAAUGAUAAUGUAGAUUCUUCUGAUGAAGAUGAUAUGGAUUUGGCUGAUGAUAGUAUUAAGGAAGAAUUAUUUCUAGAGGGAAAAAGCCCGACCAAAAUUGAUUUUGCAGUAUACUCUGCUAUUCCCUCUACAAUUGAUGUAAUUAAAUAUCCAUUUAUUUAUCGCUGGCGUCAUGAAAUGCAGUUAGCAAGUAAAAAUAUCAAUAAUUGUUUAAGGUAAAUGUGUAUUGCUGUU